AUGGCGAGCACCACCCCGUUGAAUCUGGUGUGGGCCAUCAAAGGAAUCCUCCUCCCUCGGAUUCGAAUCCAACUGCCCCAACUCGCCGCCUCCCUUCUGCCCCUCCGCCAAUUGCUUUCCUUUCCCCGGCACGAAACGAAACGCUCCUCCCCACACCGUCUCCUUCCUCCCGAUUUAACCCGCCUCCACCGGCCCUCCUCCGCUCCUCUCCACGCGCCCAGCUCGCCGGAGCCACGCAUUCCAGCUGCCAGCCUGGGGUGCCCCGCGCCACCAGAGCCUCGCCUUGCCCCCGCGCGCCCGCCCUGGGCCCCCGCCGGAGCACGUCGACGACCGGCCCCGCGCGGGCGGUCGAUCAACAACAGUAAGCACGCCAUGGCGCGCCACCGCGGCGGUGGCGAUCUCGUCCGCCUGCUCAUGACGCUCCUCCUGGCCGCGACGCCGCUCCUCGCCCCCGUCGCCGCCGAGCUGGAGGAGGCGGAGGUGGUGCCGACCGCCCCGCCGCAGGUCGCGUCGUCGUCUCUGGCGCGGGGCGCGGACGAGGGGCUGGACGACGUGCCGGCGGACGUGCGCUGCGCGAGCUGGCGGCUCGCGGCGGAGGCCAACAACCUGGCGCCGUGGAAGGCCGUGCCGGCGGAGUGCGCGGCGCACGUGCGGGCCUACCUCACGGGCGCCGCCUACCGCUCCGACCUCGAGCUCGUGGCGCGCGAGUCCGCCGCCUACGCGCGCGCCGCGCCGCUCGGGGGCGACGGCCGCGACGCCUGGAUCUUCGACAUCGACGAGACGUUGCUGUCGAACCUACCCUACUACGCCGACCACGGAUACGGGCUUGAAUUGUUCGACCAUCUCGAGUUUGACAAGUGGGUGGAGAGGGGGGAGGCGCCGGCGAUCCCCUCCAGCUUGAAGCUGUACAUGGAGGUUCUCGAGCUCGGAUUCAAGGCCAUCUUGCUCACGGGCAGAAGCGAGGGGCACCGUGGCGUCACGGUGGACAACCUCAACAAACACGGGUUCCACGACUGGGACAAGCUCAUCCUCAGGACAGCGGCCGACCGCAAGAAAACUGCGACAAUCUACAAAUCGGAGAAGAGGAAGGAAAUUGAAGCAGAAGGGUACAGGAUCUUGGGCAAUUCAGGGGAUCAGUGGAGCGAUCUGCUCGGUUCUUCCAUGAGUGCUCGCUCCUUCAAGCUCCCAAACCCAAUGUACUAUAUCCCAUGACAAACAAAAAAACAGGGGUGGUGAAAAUGUUUAUUCGACACCUUUUUCACCAGGCCUAAUGAUAGAACUGCAUACUGACUAGAGCAAAGAAAUUUGAGAAUAACUUGGCAAUGAAAUUUGAACUGUACAAAAGCUUUACUAACUUCCUUUAGUAUACAUUACCUCAAAUGUAACGGAUCAGUGUUACCUUAUGAAUGAAUGGUGGGUUCAGAGAUACGAGUCCUUAA